UAUUAUUGUCGAUGGUUUCAAGUCUUAUUGUAAAAGAACUGAAAUAUGUGGAUUUGAUACCCAGUUCAACGCGAUUACAGGAUUGAAUGGCUCCGGAAAAUCAAAUAUACUCGACGCUAUAUGCUUCCUACUUGGCAUUACUAAUUUAUCGCACGUCAGAGCAUCUAAUCUUCAAGAAUUGGUUUAUAAAUCAGGUCAAGCUGGAAUAACUAAGGCUACUGUUAGUAUCAUUUUCGACAAUCUAGACAAGUCGAAAUCACCCUAUGGGUAUGAGCAAUUUGAUGAACUGACCAUCACGCGUCAAAUUGUCGUUGGUGGUAAAAAUAAAUAUCUUAUCAAUGGAAACAAUGCUACUAACACUCGUGUUCAUGAUUUGUUCUAUUCGAUACAGUUGAACGUGAAUAAUCCACACUUUUUAAUCAUGCAAGGACGCGUCACUAAGGUCCUAAAUAUGAAACCUCCAGAAAUUCUUUCUUUACUUGAGGAGGCGGCGUGCACUAAAUUGUAUGAACAUAAAAAAGAGGCUGCCUUAAAAACAAUUGAAAAAAAGGACAGCAAACUUAGGGAAAUUGAUAGGGUUUUGAGAGAGGAUAUUAAUCCAACUUUAACCAAACUAAGAGAAGAAAGAAGCAGCUAUCUAGAAUAUCAAAAAGUUGUUAGAGAAAUAAAUCAUCUUACCAAAUUUAUUGUUGCAUAUGAUUAUCAUUGCCUUGAUGAAGCUCGAAAAAGAUCUAAAGAUGAUCAAAAAUCUUUAGAAGCUUCUUUACAAGCACAACAAUCCGAAAUUGAAGAGCUGAAAGAGUCGCGCAUCAAAAUUGAGGAUGAAAUUAAAAAGCUUUGCAUGGAAAGAGAUAAGCUUCUUGGCGAUGAGCUUAAGAGUCUUGAAGCAAAGGUUGUGGAUUGUCAAAAGACUGAUGCUGUAUCCAAAGGAUGCCAUGUUCGGGCGAACGAAGCUUUGAAAACCACUCGUUCCCGCGUUAUUUCUUUGGAAAAGCAGGUAUCUGAUCAUCAAAACCAGUUGGAGACAAAGAAAUCAGAAGCCCAAUGUGCUUUAGAUAGUUUUAAAUCAGCUCGAAAGGAUUCAGAACAGGCUAAAGCGAAUUUAGAAAAUGCUAAAAAAAGGCUCCAGGCUGUUAGCUCUGGCCUUUCUGGAAGUUCAGACGGAGUUUCAGCCAGUCUUGAAGAGCAGGCACGUCGCGCUGAUGGUGAAAGAUGUGUAGCCCAGACUAAUCUCGAGGCUCUCGAAAUGCGCCGUUCACACGUUUUGUCUGAGAUCAAGAAGCAAGAGGCAGUAGUUGCUAAAAUAUGGCCAUCUUCUGGUCAAUUAUCUUCAGAAGAAACUAAGCAACGGCAGCUCUCAGAGCGGAUCGUCAUUCUGUAUUAUCUCGAAAUUCUCGUGAAAUGCGCAAUCGAUAAAUUGCAUCAAUUUCCUCAGCUUGAAUUUCGCUUUAAUGAUCCUGAGCCAAAUUUUGAUCGUCGGAGAGUCUACGGUCCUGUAGCCAAACAAUUUACACUAAAAGAUCCGAAGUUUGCCACAGCAAUUGAGGUCACAGCAGGUGGCAAGGCAAGUACUAUUCAUAGUUAUGAUAGAGUUCAAUUUGUUUAA